CCCUCAACCCGAGAUUGGCAAGUUGGGUCUUGGGGAGGUGGAAGGUUCAGGACGGGGACUGACUUUCCAAGGCCCCUGCGUUCCCGAAACCCCGGCGCUCCCAUUCGGAGGUGUCCCUUAUCUCAUGAGCCUGGAUGGACAGCAAGGAGCCAACCAUUUCCUUCAAUAUCCAUGGCAUCCCCGAAAAACUUUUCUGACUGUUUCUGUGAAUCACGUGGGGGAGAAUCAAGCUGUGAGGGCUGUCUCCGCUUUGAGGAUACAUGUGAAGUCCUAUCUUGAGGAAAUGUAAAAUGCUCUUGGAAAGAAGAUCCAUUCACUGGUUUUGUAGCAAACCUAAUGGGGCUUCAAUUGUCACAGGUGGCACCAGUGGGGUGUCAGUGUCACAUGCAGGAGUAAAACUGUUGCUAGACAAAAUGAUGACCAGUGAGUUGAAGGAGGAUGCAUGUUUGAACCCCCACAUGGGGGCUGUUUGGGAGACUAAAGGAUCUGUGAAAGACAGCUCCAGUCAGAGUAAGCAAAACAGCCUACAGAUAAAACAUCUUUGUCCUGAGAGUGCUCGCCAGCACUUCCGGAGCUUCUGUUUUCGUGAAGCACCUGGACCGCUAGAGGCUGUCAGUCAACUUCAGGAAUUAUGCCAUCAGUGGCUGAGGCCAGAGAUCCACUCAAAAGAGCAGAUCUUGGAACUGCUGGUGCUAGAGCAGUUCCUGACCAUUCUGCCCAGGGAGAUCGAGAACUGGGUGCAGAAGCAUCAUCCACAGAACAUCAGACAGGCUGUGGUCCUGGUAGAAUGCUUGCAGAGAGAAUCGGGUGGAACAAAGAAUGAGAAUCUGUUGACAUUUGAAGAUGUGGCCGUGUAUUUUUCUGAAGAAGAAUGGCAGUUAUUGGACCCUAAUCAGAAGGCUCUCUACAAUGAUGUAAUGCAGGAUACCUAUGAGACUGCCUCCUUUCUAGGGUUAAAGCUCAAAAAUGACACCAGAAAUGAUCAGCCUAAAUCUGUUUCUGCAUCAGAAAUACAAGCACCAGAACGCAAAAUAUCAAAGAAGACCAGAAUGAAAGUUGCCCAGAAAACAGCAGCCAAGGAAAAUCAUGGUGAUACAUGCAGGGUAGAGAAACACAGUCGAGGUUUUCCAAGGAAAAAGAGAAAGAAUCUUUCAACUUAUAAACAAAAGCUUCCAAAACUUAGGGAUCUUCACAGGAAGGGUCACCCAGGGGAGAAACCUUUUAAGUGUCAGGAAUGUGGGAAAAGCUUCAGAGUUAGCUCUGACCUUAUUAAGCACCAGAGAAUUCACACUGAAGAGAAGCCCUAUAAAUGUCAACAGUGUGACAGGAGGUUUAGAUGGAGUUCAGAUCUUAAUAAGCACUUUAUGGCACAUCAAGGAAUAAAACCAUAUAUAUGCUCAUGGUGUGGGAAAAGCUUCAGUCAUAACACAAAUCUCCACACACACCAAAGAAUUCACACAGGAGAGAAGCCUUUUAAGUGUCAUGAAUGUGGAAAAAGAUUUAUUCAGAACUCCCACCUUAUUAAACAUCAGAGAACCCACACAGGUGAGCAGCCUUAUACUUGUAGCAUGUGCAAUAGAAACUUUAGCAGACGGUCAAGCCUUCUUAGACACCAGAAACUGCACAGAAGGAGUCCAGUAUCUCCAGUCUAAGGAAAGUCACCAUAUAGAACAACAGAAGUAAUGAAAGAUUAUAAAAUUUUGAGGUGCUCAAUGAUAGGAAUGUGUUACCAAAAGAAAAUUUGCAAUAGAUUUAUGUCCUGUGGCACAGAAACAAACCCAAGCUGUCUAUUACUCAGCAUUGUAUCUUCGGUGCUUAGCAUAAGACUGAUACAUGAUAAGUUAUUUACAAAUAAAAGAAUGAAAAUGUAAA